AUGUCGCGCACGUUCCGACCUGGUUGGGCGCUCCAGUUUGCGGUGGCCAUAGCCGAGUGCGAGCCAGAGACUGGAGCGCCAACAAAAGCCGUGUGUCUCAUGUGCCGCUCCUUUAAGCGCGACGAGACGGAGGGCGCCAAGCGCCGGAAGCGUAAGACUAAAGUUCAUAGUUUCUCGCCACCCUGGCGUCCCGACAACAUGCGGCGGCAUCUGGAGCAACAGCACGCGCUGCGUUAUGAAGAGUACAAAGACUUGACCGAUGAGGAGAAGUGCCGCUUCUUCCCAGACGAUGUCGUCAUCAAUACACAGCCAAAAGUCGACGAUGAAGCGAUCCAGGACAUUCCUGUUUUACGGCUUUGA